AUGCUGGGGAAAGUGAGAAACGGAAUUAUUGUCAUUUAUGUGUCUAUAGGUCUACUUUAUAUAUUGGCAAAUAUAAACGGAUCUUCAACCUAUAUGAGACCCAAGCGACAACUAUGGUCUAUGGAUCACCACCCAGCCAUAGUUUUAUAUAGACAACACCCAAAUUCGUUGCGAAAGUUUUAUUGGUACAACUCAAGGACCCCCAUAUUGGUUGGAAAAAUGAGACUAAAAAAUUAUAUGCGCAGUAUGCAAAUGUUGCCGCGAUAUGCAAUGCUCGCGCCUGUUCAGUAUCACGAUACUUUUGCAAAUUCGAAAAGAAACGUCUUUAGAGAUUUAAACAAUAUCCAUGGAUUUAAAAGUACAUCAACAACGACAGCAACAAACAUGGAUUACGUUGCAACCCAUCCGAAUCCGCCUAUGGUAUUUAGUACAGGUCCGAUAAAUCGCCCAGUGGAAUAUAUAACCCCCCUAAACGUAAACCCAUUCGUACCAUUAACCGCUAAAACGCCUAGUGUUGAGCGGCUUAUUGGUCUUAACAAUCAGUGGAAUCAUUCUCGCUACUCCAGCGAAAGUUGGAACAAAAAGUGCCCAGAACGGAUAAUGAACACAGCAGCUGGAUCUUCUGAAGACUGCUUUAAGAGCUCUCCUCCAGACUUUGCAAAAGAUCAAUAUAGCGCUCAUAGCAUGCCAGUCAGCGAGUUGCCAGCCACAACAACAAAUCUUCCGUUUUUUAAUUAUGUUGCACAUACCUUCUUUACGCUCGACGAUGUCAUUCUCCCCCGUUCGAAGUCGGGUAAAUCUUCAGUCAGAGACACCAAAGAAUUUCGACCAAAACCAGCUGUUGUCACAACCGAUAUGCCCAAAGAGCUUGUUACGGAGCGUUAUCAGCGCACAACACAUGUAAUACCAACAACAAUUACCACAACAGAAGCUGCGUGGCUUCCAGUAAAACCCACAUUUAUGAGCUCGGAGUACAUAAGCAGUGCAAUUAAAACAGAAGCGAAAGUUUUUGAACCCCCUACUAUUUGGACAACAGCUCAACCUAUAAGAAAUAAUUAUUCAACUCCAAAUGUUUCAGGAGAGUCAUACAAGCAUAGAUUAAAAUCGUUAAAGGCUACGAAAAACUUUUCCUCAAGUAUUGAAACUAAGCUUAAACUGCUAAAACUCCACUUGAAAAACCUUGUCACCACAAAGGAAACGCCAAAGUUCUUUCAAAACGUAACAGCGUCAGCUCUUAUCGAAAGUAACACAGCAUUAAACGAUUCUACUACAACUCCGACACCAGCGACCAGUAGGAGAAAUGCCAAUCGAAAACUAAGAAAAGUCCGAAUUAUGUCAUCAACUAAAAAAACUCCUGCCCAGAUAUUACGAAACUCUACAAAUACAAAUAAAGCCAAAAUGGAACAUAAGAAACCGAAAAGAAUUUUUGAAAGGCGAAAACUUUUCAAUUCCACUGUUGCCCCAGAAAUAUUAAAAAACGCAUCAACAGAUGACAUCGACUUGGUCAACAAAUUCAAACGGCGAACCUCAGUAAACGGUCGAAAACAACAAAACGUUGCAGAAAGCCCAAGCGUUAGAAACUCGACAAAAAUAAUUAGCCACACUAUAGCAAAAUCUCGCGCCGAUGGGAUACAAGAAGAAAAAUCCGUAUCCACUCUUGUCACGGAAUCAGCAAUUAUGACAAUUUCCAGCGGCAAUAUAAAGCUAAGACAGCCAAAAAUAAAAGUUAAGUCGAAACAGCACAGCACAAGAAAAAAUAUUAAUUUAGAAAAUGAUAACUUUAUUCCGUCUCUUCCAAUUGAAGUGUACUUUAAGAAAGUCAAUCAACAAUAA